AUGCUUUCCAACUUACGCGGAGUAACUUGAUAGUUUUCUCUGCUGUAACAUAAUUUUGAAGAUACUCUUCCAAAGGUAUGGACUUCCUAACGGGAUAUUAACCUCACGACAUUGCAUCUCUUCGCCUACAAAGGAAUGAUAAUUCCAUCCUCAAUAGUUGUAAAACAACUCGACAUAAAAAAGGGUCUUCUUUUUCUAUUUACUUCCUGUGUAACUUUUGUGUAGAGAAGCUUUAGACGAGGUGUUGAGCAAAGAUUUUAUAGCCGAGGAGAAAAAAUGACGAAGUGCUGGCAGCCAUUAACUUUUGCCACGAUUGGUUUCCUAAUUGGCCUCAUUUACAAAGAAUUCGAAUCACAGUUCCAAGUUUUUGCUGCGCAACCAGUUUCUGAUCCAUCAUCGUACAUUUCUUCAACUAAAACGGAUUUAGUUGACGUGGUAUCAGAUGUUAUGCAGCUUGGAUUUCCCAGUUAUGACACGGUUCGGGUCAGAAAAAGUUACGUCCUAGGAUAUGAUCGAAGAAAUAAGAUACCUAAUUGGGUGUGCGAGAAUUUAACUCCGGAUCUAAUUCGGCACAAUCCAAAUGUGACUCGUAGGAAAACGGAAUAUUUUGAAGACGAAAGUAUCCAUCCUUACUUCCGUGCUACACUUGCAGAUUACAGAGGCAGUGGAUACGACAGAGGCCACCUAGCUCCAUCGGGGGAUCACAAACGCUCCCAAGAAAUGAUGAACGACACUUUCGUUUUGAGUAACAUGGCGCCUCAGGUCGGCGUUGGUUUCAAUCAAGAUGCAUGGAAUGAUUUAGAAAUUCAUGUUCGACGAUUGGUUCCGAAAUAUAAGAGCGUUUUUGUCUGCUCAGGUCCAUUGUUUCUGCCAAGGAGAAUGAAUGCUACUCGCACAAAAGAAGGAAGAAAAUUCGUAACAUAUGAAGUUAUUGGAGAGAACAACGUUGCAGUUCCAACGCAUUUUUACAAAAUCCUUGCCUGUGAAACUGAUGGAAACUUAUUUGACAUGGAAGCUUAUAUCAUGCCUAAUCAAUACAUCGCAAAGUCAAAGCCUUUAACAGAUUUCAUGGUAUCUCAGGAAGCUAUUGAGAGAGCGGCUGGAUUGUUAUUCUUCAACCAGUUAAAGAAAAGUGAUUUCCGAACUAUAAAUGGGAAGACAAGUUAACAUCUUUCAGGCAGCGAAAAGACUGAAAUCUAAAAACGCCACUUGGAAGGCAUAUCAGUGGAUCCAGAAAAUCUGAAGUUCCAUACGGUGUUCAAACCGUAUAGUAGGAGACUAGAUUCAAAAGGAGUAUUUUGUAUUUUAGCGAUACUUAAAUAUUCGUUUCGUCAAAGCAGUGAAAUAAGUAAAUAAUGUACUGUAUUUUAUGGAAAAGAUAAGUUUUCAAUAAAAUACAGUAAAACCCCUCCUAACGGACACUCCUCAAGUGCGGACACCCCUCUUAUGCGGUCAAUUUUUAAUUCGCCGAUUCCAUUGCAAAUAACAUCAUUAAACUCCUGUCCUGCGGACACCCUGUAUGGUGGACAAAAAAAAUGUCCCGUUAGUGUCCGCAUUAGAGAGGUUUUACUGUAUUUGGAAUCUGUGGGUCAUAACAUUUUUUACGUACUCUGGAAAUAUAAUUUAUAUUUUUGGUGAAAAUAAAAUUUGUAUUUAAGAACAAAAUCUUCAAAGUAUUUUUCAGUGUUCAAUUUUACUAGGUCGUAAUGUCAAACAACGAAGUAGAAAUUGAAUAAAGUAG